AUGUCGAACACGGCCUCCCAGUCGAGGGAGCGAGCCAAGUCUGUUGAUCGUGAUCUUCCUGCCGACAAUUACGGCCCCAAGAUCAAACUAUUCAACGGAGCCACCCGGACCGCAACGGAAUGGAAUAAUUUACGCAGGGACCCGGAUCUUUGUCGCAACUUUUUUGCCUGGCUAUGUCGGCGGCCCCUUGUCGGCGAGCAUCUGGGCUGGGCGCUGGCCGGCCUUAUCAAUAGCAUGCGAGAGCUGAGGGAUCCUUGUGCGGAAAAUGUGAAGGAUCUCAUCGAUUACAUGGAGCAGGAAGGUUAUCUGAAUAUGCGCAACAACCCAAGCCAUGCCCUCGCCAUCCUCUAUGUCGCCGAAACCUAUCAACUACGAGGCAUGUACGUUGAUGCCUUUGCGCAUUGUACCGGCAUGUUUUGGGAUUUGGAAGCCAGCGCUGAAUAUCAGAUGACACGCCUCAACCGUGGCAGCAAGCUUAAGCCGGAUGAGCGUCUCUUGGCCCACGCAUCGCUCGUUAAAGCGUAUAAUGCCGCUAACCCCCACAUUAUCCACAACGACCUUGUUCAGGCCUACCGGAGAUUCGAAGAGGAUUUGGUCAUGUCCCCGAAUAAGCUGGAUAAGAAGGAGAAGCUGUCUCUCCCAGACGGCCGGAAGUUGAGGUGGGCGAUUGUCUACGCGACUUGCCAGGUUCUUCGCAAUAUUACAGACGCGCCUAGGGAGGUUUUCGAUACUGACGAUAUCGACUAUCACAUCGCCAUCUCCACCGAGAAUCUUCCUCCCUGGAAGAGAGACGCGACUUCUCGGCCCAGGACGCCCAAGCAGCAGCAGGAGAGGGAUUCGGCUAGACAACUGGAUCAGCAAGACGGUCCGGUCACUCCAUCCAAGGGUCCAACAACACCUAGGCAUCGUUCAACCCUUUCCGAGGGGCUCCGCUCGCCGUCUCGUCUUGGUCGGUCGAUCUCUCAUCGGGCCAAGACACUUUCCCAGAGCCUCCAAGCCUCACCAAGCAAGCUCGUCCGUCGCCCACUAAGUGUCUUCAGGAGCCCAGGAGACCAGAACCCUCCGGGGUUUCCGGAUACGACUCUGAAGCGCCGACGCGCAUGCGGCGCCCGGCCACGGCACAAUCAACGCCAAGUACAGAUUGAAGAGGCUCCCAUGACGGCGACUUCGGCCUCGUCUGUCCACGAUUCUGUAGUAAGCUCCAAUGGCGCUGGGACAGCGGCGAGCUCCAUUGCUACAUCCCCAGAGGCGAGCCCGAAACAUGAGCGGGCAGAAGUCUGCUGGUCUGAGCCACCACCCGUCCCGCAGCGACGUAGGCGAGAGGUGGUUUCGAUGCUGCCGUCUCCCGAGAUGCCCCUUCGAUCGAACCUACGCCCAAGACCCCAGAGCGCCAUCUUCGAAUCUCCCAGCAGAUCGCCGGCGAGGCAAGCGUUGGCUCCUGAUUACGCCAUCGAUUAUGCACAACUUGUGGAGGAGCAGAGAGAGGAGAUUUACAAGGGCGAGUGCGACGCCGAUGAAAAGCUCAUGCCGUCCCCGCUUCGCAUCAAAAGAGCGCGGAAAGUGUCGCGUCGUACACUCCCGGAGAUGACAACUGUCUUCGAAGGGGGUUCGGCGGACUGGAUGAAGCCAUGA